AUGUAUUGGGAGCAACUGGAGCUCAGGUGCAGAUCUCUAUACCGUCCACCCACUGGCCAAGGUGUGGCCACAGCUGGGAGACCUGCACCAGUAAAUAAUUGCAGCUGCUGUGCUCAAUGUCACACCGCGCAGCCGGCUUGGGAUUUCAGCUUGCAACAUCGAUUUUGGGCGCCAGGUCGCAUAGGGAAUCUAUACUCACCAAAUCCUGGAACUGCACGAAAAACUUCUCCGUGGAGCUGGUUUCCUUGGCCACGGAGCAACAGUCAAAACUCCCGAUGUCGCAUGGGUGGCGUUCCACAAUCAGGCGACAGUGCUUACGGAUUCUGUGAAAGCGAUCCAACACCUCAAAAUGCAACACAACCAUACGAUGAGCGCUCCUACCCAACAAAUUUCAAUCAACCAUUUCAACGCGGACAAAAUUCGGGCAACUUCUCACAAAGCCCAUCAAAUUUCGCACAAAGCUCGGGAAAUUUCACUCAAAAUCCCAAUUUUGUACAAAACCCGGCAAAUUUUGUUCAAAGCCAGGUUAAUUUUGGACAAACUGGUGGGUUUACGCAGGGGUAUCAAGAGGGUUUCGGCGAGGCUAGUGGAAGUUUUGAUGCUCAGACUGGAGUUUGGGGACCUCCGCCUCCAUACAGUCCUCAAGGAAGAAGUGGUAGCAGGCAUCAUCUUCAUCACCAAGAUCCUGCAGCUGCGACACUUCUUCAUCAUCAUCAUAUAGAUGUUCAUCGGAAUUCUAUGCCCAUACAUGAACAUGCAAAUAUACCACUACAGUCACAUACAUGCGCCCGUAGUUCCUAUCUGAUGCAUGCGAACGUCCAAAUGAACCCCGAUGUGACUCGAAUGAAUCCAGAGAUAAGUCGAUUAAAUCCAGAGAUAAGUCGAUUAAAUCCAGAGAUAAGUCGAUUAAAUCCAGAGAUAAGUCGAUUAAAUCCAGAAUUAAGUCGGUUGAAUCCAGACAUGAACCGUUUGAAUCCAGAAAUGAAUCGUUUGAAUCCCGAAAUGAGCCGUUUGAAUCCAGAAUUGAGUCAUUUGAAUCAGAUGUACCCGACAGAUGCAAAUGAGAUUGCUCGUUUACAGGCUGAAAUGGCUCAUUUAGGUCCCGAACGAUUUAGCACACUACGUGGUCAUUUGGUUCCGUACAGAGGAUGUCCAAGGUCUUUGGGGAUGAGUGCUGGAAACUUGCACAGAGAUUGUCGAGUAGAUGACAACGUUGCCAUAGAAUGUUUACACCAGAAGAGUGCUAGCAAAGUGUCCGAUCAAAGCAGUGAUUCGUGUCAAAAACAAGGCAAAGAAAAUUUGGGUUUUCAAAACGACAAACAUUCUCCAAUAAGGGCAUCAAUGCAAGACUGUCGAGUGGCCAAUCAAAACGCGGAAUCCGAAGUAUAUUUCGCAGAUGUGUCGAGUUGCUGUAAUGUUUCUGUCAAGGCCGAUUGCUGUAUAAAUCCAAACGUUUCUGCUCUUGUUGGAACCAUAGAGAAUCAUCCUGAAUCUACAUCAGAAUCUGACACCGGAUCAUUUACACUCACUCGACAACAGCGACCCCAACCGCAAGUUGGGUCAAAGCGGCGGCCGAGACAGAAUGAAAAACACAUAAAGAAUCAGGAAAAAAUAAGACAAGAUCUUAAUAGUUCAAUUAGACUUACUGAACAACAAAUUGAACAUUUGAACAGCUCUAUGAGAAUGAGUGAGAGAAUGUGCGAUAGAAUGAAUGAUUCUAGAAUCAGUGACAGAAUGAACGAUUCGCGCAUCAGUGAAAGAAUAAACGAUUCGCGCAUUAGCGACAGAAUAAACGAUUCGCGUGUUAGCGAUCGAAUAAAUGAUUCGCGUAUUAGCGACAGAAUGAACGAAGUUCGCAUGAGUGAGCGAAUUAAUGAUUCUAGAGAUCGGCUGAAUGACUCCAGAAUAGAUAGAGAUCGCCUUAAUGAUUCUAGAAUUGAUAGAGUGAAUGAAUCACGUGACCGCAUGAAUGACUCUAGGGUAGAUCGUAUAGAUUCAAGAGAUCGCUUAAACGAUUCUAGAGUCGAUAGAGUAGACUCCAGGGAUCGCUUGAACGAUUCAAGAAUUGAUAGAAUGAGCGAAGGUAGAAUAGAGGAUCGAAAAGUGUCAGAUUUAAAUGCCAGUAUACGUAUAGAGGGUAGCCCUAAAAUGCGUACUCAUAUUAGUCCUUUACGUAUGCCUAGAACUAGUCCCAAAAACUUGCCUAAAGAGCAUCUAAGACAGUCUAGUUCAGACUCAAGUAAGCCUGAAUUCUUUGUUCCUCCACCGCCAGCUCAUUCACCAUUAUCACCCAAUACAGAAGAAUCACUUUUAUCUGAUGAUGAUGAUAGAAAAAAAGAUAUAGUAUACUCAAAUGAACCAGAGACAUCUAAAUGCUUGGGUCCGGAUUCUCAAUACGAACCAGUUAGGGAUGCAAAAGAAGAAAUUCUAAAGAGCAAUCAUCACCGUUGCUAUAGUGACACUAACACAAUGGAUUCUGGGUGGCAGAGUGGAUCGGAGAAACAGGUCACUGAUUAA